AUGGCCUGCUGGCCCAAUGGCAAGGCGUCCGCCUACGGAGCGGAAGAUUGCAGGUUCGAUCCCUGCGUAGGUCACGUCUGUGGAAACAAUGAGUUUGAAGGCCCCUUGUAUCUACUUUUCACGGGGCAUGAGCUCUUCGGGGCAAUGGAAUGUUCUCCGUUGACGCCUAGAACUCCUAAAUUCUUGACUGUUCAAUGUUCAAUGUUCAAUUCUGCAUUCCACAAUAAGGGAAUCAUAAACAAUCAUGGAAAAUACAGCUGUGGCGAGCGGAAGCCGUUGUGGGACGAGCAUCGAACUUCAAUCACUUGCAACACCAACGCAGACUCGCAGCCAAAUGGAGAUCAAGAACCAGCGUCAAGAGCACCCAAGCUGAGAGCGUCUCGUAUUGCAGUCAUCAUGCUUUCACUCGGCGCAAGCGUCUUCGUCUCAGCUCUAGACAUGACCAUCAUUGCAACAGCCUCCCCGGAAAUUGCAGGUCACUUCCAAUCCGCUUCCGGCUACACAUGGAUCGGUAGUGCAUACACAUUAGCCAAUACAGCUACAAUGCCUACAUGGGGUAAGAUAUCGGACAUUUGGGGCCGUAAACCUUUGUUGCUGGCUGGGUUGGUGGUGUUUUUUGUCGGGAGUAUGAUUUGUGGAUUGGCAGAUUCAAUCGGUCUUCUUCUCGCGGGACGAGCAAUCCAAGGUGUGGGAUCUGCCGCCUUGAAUAUUUUGGUUAAUAUCUGCGUGAGUGACUUGUUUGCGCUGAGAGAUCGAGGACUUUACUUUGGAUUGCUUUCCUUGGUAUGGGCAAUGGCAAGUGGAGUGGGACCUGUCCUUGGAGGUGUUUUCUCGGAAAAGCUAUCAUGGAGGUGGUGCUUUUAUAUCAACUUGCCAAUCAUCGGAGCUGUGUUUGUCUUAUUAUUGUUCUCGCUCAAGUUGAACACCCCUCGAACGCCCAUGUGGGACGGUCUGAAGGCCAUCGACUGGACAGGCGGAUCACUCGUCAUCGGAAGUACCGUGAUGCUUCUCCUAGGACUGGACUUUGGCGGUGUCACACGCCCAUGGAGUUCUGCAACCGUGGUCUGCCUUCUUGUUUUUUCUGUUGUUGUCGGGGCUCUAUUCGUUAUCAAUGAGAAACAGAUUGCGAAAUACCCAGUCAUCCCUAUAGAGCUUUUCCGAUAUAGAUCUGGGAUUGGAUCAUUCCUUCUUUGCUUUUGCCAUGGACUCGUCUUUAUGGGACAAGGUUAUUACAUGCCGCUAUAUUUCCAGGCCGUCCUUGGUAUGGGUCCCAUCAUGUCCGGAGUUUAUUUCCUACCUUUCAUCUUGGCCAUCACUUUCUCGGGAGCUUUGACCGGAUUAUUCAUUCAAAAAACCGGACGCUAUAUGCCGACGACAUAUUUAGGACUGGCUUUGAUGACACUCGGCGUGGGCCUGCUCAUCAACCUCGAUGAAUACCUCAACUGGUCAAAGCUCAUAACAUUUCAGAUCGUCUCAGGAAUUGGCAUUGGACUAAACUUCGAGGCGCCUUUGCUCUCCUUGCAGGCGAUCGUGGGCAAGCAUAAUGCUGCUACGGCGACUUCUACCAUUGGCUUUGUCCGGGCUAUAGCAUGCGCUAUUUCGAUCGUCUUGGGAUCUGUGGUCUUCCAAAACCAGAUGGUAAAGCAAGGCCCCAGUCUGACGGCGGCUCUUGGGCCUUCACUUGGAGGUCUGCUCUCGAACGGAGAUGCUGCAGCAAAUAUUGGUAUAGUCAAUUCAUUACCUUCGGCACAGCAGGCAGCUGCCAGACAUGCGUUGCACCAUGCUCUGACGACCAUGUGGGUUAUGUAUGUCGGUUUUGCUGGGGCUGGACUGAUUGGCGGUUGUCUGAUGAGCUCUCAUCCCCUGAGCCGAGAACAUGAAGCUGUUGUUCUUGGGCUAAGAAGGGAGAGUGACAAUGGCAAUUAA